GACGUGGCUGGAAMGGGCGGUGAUUGGYUGGACCUACAACAACAACAUCGCCUCCAGAUUAUGCAGACCUGCGGAAGUGUUUUGCGACUUCGAUGUGGCACAAUGGAUGGANACAACAACAUCGCCUCCAGAUUAUGCAGACCUGCGGAAGUGUUUUGCGACUUCGAUGUGGCACAAUGGAUGGAGACCUAUGACCCCGAGCAGUGCGCGUGCAGAUCACGCAGGUACUCGGACCUGCGCAGUAACGCCACGAUCAGCCUGCUCCAGAGCGAGGGGCAUACACGCGUAUUCACGCUGGACUCGUCGGUUACGGACAAUCCUCUACUCCAAGGGAUCAUUAACUCGGGGCUGAACCACAUCCCCUGUAUGACCCUGGAUGUGGACGAGGCGGAGGCAGAAGUGGCAAGGUUCUUAUACAAGCUCAUGACGGCGAUACUGGAGCUGCGCGAGCUCACGCCUUCCACGCAUGCGUUCUUACGGAGGUUAAUCCUGAGGAAGGCUAGGACCAAGAUGAUGAGGUACAAGGAGCAGCACAGGCACUUGACUGCGGAGCCGUUCGAGCAUCCGGCCGUUAAGCGGGAGGUGGAAUUCCUCACUCGCCGUUUCCUCAUAUGCCCGACGGACAAGGCUCCGAGCACCCCAACCUUCGUCUGCAAGAACUUCAUCCGUAAGCUCGCGUUUCAGAGGCUUUCCGGACCGGAGUUUGUUAGUGUUGCCGCCCCCCCUGCCGCCGUCAUCGCACGAAUACAGGGCGAGCUUUCGGCCAUACCGGCGCUACCAGCUGCGCCAACGACACUACCGUACCUAAUGACAGCAUUCUGUCAGGAGAAAAGCCUCGAAGUGGAGGAGCAAUUCGAAGUGAAGCCGAACCUAUGGUGGUCGAUAGCCUCAGUGGGAGAAUUCUGUGCAAACCUACCAAAGAGGAUCUUUUCUGUCUUCACGGCAGACAUCACCAGGUGUUUUGAGACCAUCCCCACAAAGAGCUCGGAGGACAGUCUGCCAGCGGCCGUGAAGUUCUACGUGGAAUGUGCAAUGCGAGUGCGGAGAGAAAGGAGCUCGACUCACGUCAUCCGGUUCAAGGUGGGGGACGACGGCAGGAUGUGGCCCUCCUGGGUGGAUGCUGAUCAGACGGAGGGAAUCGAUUCGUUGAUUUUCAGGGAAGGGGACGUAUGCUGGCUCAUGGAGUGGUGCAUUGCUAAUAGUGUGCUCCGUAUGGGAAACCAUGUGUAGAGGCAAGUCAAGGGCAUCCCUAUGGGCCUGGCCUGCUCCCCGAUAUGGUGCGACAUAUACUUCUUCAAGU